UCAAAAGAGUCGAAGCCUGUAGGCGGUGGUUAGUUAUACAAAUGCAGGGUGUUAUCAUUCAACGGAAACGGACUGUCCAGUUUACCACAACAAUAGUAUCAAACUGAACGAAGCUAGAGCGUAUCAGAGGCGGCACAGAGGUUAAAGGCGAUGACAACUCGAAUUGCUCCUGGUGUCGGAGCUAACCUCCUCGGCCAACACUCCGCCGAGCGCAACCAAGACGCAACUGCCUAUGUCGGCAACCUUGACCCUCAAGUUUCAGAAGAAUUAUUAUGGGAAUUGUUUGUCCAAGCUGGGCCAGUUGUCAAUGUGUAUGUGCCCAAGGAUAGAGUGACAAAUUCACAUCAAGGCUAUGGCUUCGUAGAAUUCCGAAGUGAAGAAGAUGCUGACUAUGCUAUAAAGGUUCUCAAUAUGAUUAAACUGUAUGGGAAACCAAUACGAGUUAAUAAGGCAUCACAAGAUAAGAAGAGUGUGGAUGUCGGUGCAAAUCUUUUUAUCGGGAAUCUUGAUCCUGAUGUUGAUGAGAAACUUCUCUAUGAUACUUUCAGUGCAUUUGGAGUCAUUGUUACCAAUCCAAAGAUAAUGAGAGAUCCCGAGACAGGGAACUCACGGGGCUUUGGCUUUAUUAGUUAUGAUUCUUUUGAGGCAUCUGAUGCAGCCAUUGAGGCAAUGAACGGCCAAUAUCUGUGCAACCGUCAAAUUACAGUGUCUUAUGCGUACAAGAAAGACACAAAGGGCGAGCGUCAUGGUACCCCUGCAGAAAGAGUACUGGCUGCUAGUAAUCCAAAUGUGCAGAAAAGCAGACCACACACCAUGUUUGCAAGCGGACCUCCUACACUUCAAAAUGUUGCUCAAGCAAGUGCUAACAUUGCUGCUCCUGUCCCUCCACGGCCUUUUGCUAAUGGGAAUGUUCCUCCAACAUCCAUUCCACCAUUCCGACCACCACCUCCACAGGCUUCCAUGUUCCCGCCAAUGCCAUUGCCUCCACCACAAUCAUGGCAGGGUCAACAACCACCAGGUCAAACUGCCUUACCUCCACCUCCAAUGCAGCAGUUCAGGAGCAUGCCGCCUCCACCUCCACAAAUUGCUCCAGCUUUACCAAGGCCUCCACCACCACCAGUAGGCAUGGUGACUGCUCCAAAUGUGUGGCGGCCACCACCACCUCCUCAGCAGUUAGGUGGUGGGCCCCCAUCUAUGCCACCACAUCUGCCACCCCCUCCUCCGGGCAAUUUUCCCCCACCUCCCCCUCCUUCAUAGAAGCUGAAAGUAGAUCAACAUUAUGCCUUGCCACUUAACUUUAAAACUUGUGUGUUUCUGUUAUAGAUAGCGUAGCAAUUUGGUUCCUGUUUAGCAUUCAAAAAAUAUGGCUGAUGGUUAUUAACAAUUUUGCUCUCUUGGGUUGAGAUCUGAUGAUGUUUUCUACUGGCACUGAAUUGAAGGGUGAAUGUGAAUCCGUCAUUCUCAUUUGGAUA